CUGAAGAGGAGAAAUCUUCCCUGUUUCAUGGUUUGAGGUUCUUGUGUAUCAAGAGUUUAUUUCAAAGUGAAAGACUUGAAAUGUAAAAGUGAUAAAGUGGCUUAUUCUAUCCCAGCCAUGUUUGUAUUAUUUUACAAAGUUACCCGUUGAGGAUAAGAAACGGAAAUGAGCCUCUUUCAUUUAAGAGAAAAAGCAGAAGCAAGCUAGAGGUUGCUGUGGAGGCCGGUCCCUUCCCUCUGCUCAGGGGACCCCCCCCCCCCCCCACCUUGCCUUGGGCACUGAACUUUGCACUGUGGAGAGCUAAGUGGGGAGCUGGCUGGAUUUGGGUGUCGGACCCCAGAGUCCCUGAGCCAGGUUGUAAAGCAAGAGGCCUGGGUGCCUUGUCUGGGUUUUUGUUUCACUGCAGGCAUUGCAAAGCAGCUUCAGUUUUCCUGCUCUGGUCCUGCUUGGGCUGCCCUCUAGACCCUGAAGUGGAGGACUCAAGAGUCAGGUGCCCAGGGCAGUCAGCACAGCGCACAGCUUUGCAGUCUGGACCAGGUUCAGAUCCCAGUUCUGCCACUUCUUGUCUGUGUGACCUUGGACAAGUCCCUUGCUGUUUCUGGAAGGGGCAGGGGCUGCUAAUUUAAUGUCUGGCCAGAUUCUGUCUCAGGAUUUUGAAUUCCAGAAAGCAGGUGCCAAGGAAGGGGGCUGGGACUGAGACUAGGGUCUGAGUCCCGGUGCGGUGCGGUGUCGCCACCUGUCUUCUUGCCCUUCAUGGAGUAAGUGCACCUCUCAGGACUUUAUUUUCCCCUCCAGCAUUUCUCACUGAGUCAAUGAGAUCAGCAGGCUUUGCACCCAAUUAGGAGAGGAUGGGGCGCAGCCUUCUUCCAGUCUUCCUGGGGGAUGGCUGGAGGCCCUUUCAGGCGCCUGUCCUGAGGCGAUGCCUUGGUGCUCAGCAGUGAGCUUGCUCUGCAGACCCUGCCAGUCCUGCCUCAUUGGACAGGCCCCUUCCCUCCUGCCUUGUCCUUUUUACAGACUGGACUCGGGCACCUCCUCCUCUCGGAAGCUUCCUGAGGCCCAUUCUGAGGGGGCCUUGCUGCUCCCUGUCUCCUCCCCAGUUGUGUCUCUACUGCUGCCCUCACCUCCGCACUGUCUGUUGGGUCCGCCUCCCAGGAGGCAGAGCAGGUGUCAUUAAUGAUGUUGCCAGCACGACCGCCCUUCUGUUACCACCUGCAGUGGAGGGAGGGAGGAAGGGCCAAAGGGCAAGGCCUGGCCUCUCCCCUGCUCCUCGUUUGCAUCCUAGUCCCCAGCUCAGGCCUGGCCUAGAGUUGACCCUUGAUUAAUGACCAUACCAACCUGCGGUGAGGUGAGCAUGCACAGAGGCCCUGCUUAAAGACCAGGUAGGGUCCUGUGCAUUGCAGCCUGAAGUCCUCCCCACUGGCCUUGACCCAGCUUCGCUCUCAUUUUGUAACGGAGGAAACUGAGACCCAGCUUUUAGCAACUUGGGGAGGCUGAGCAGGCUGGAGGCCUCCUGGUCUUUGCUGGGGAAGCACCCUCUAGAGUGACUUUGUAACCUUGGGUGUGCAGAGUAACAAGGGUGCGGGAGGAUGCAGAACAAUUGGUGGUAAUAGUCAUACUGGCUGAAUCUGAGGAGCGCUCAGCUGUGUAUCAUUGUAUUAAGGGCCUGAGAUAGCAUAUCCUGUUUAAUCCUUAGAACAAGGUAGGUAAUAUUGCCUUCUUCUGGGUGGAAAAGGCCCUGGAGGGUUUGGGUGACUUGUUUGUUUGUUGGUACCAGGGAUGGAACUUGGGACCUUGCACUUGCAAGCCAGACGCUGGAACCGCUGAGUUAACCCCCGGCCCUGUUUGUUUUGUUUUUUAAGACAGGGUCUUGCUGUGUAGCCCAGGCUGGCCUUGAACUCACGGCAGUCUUGCUGCAGCCUCCUGAGUGCUGGGAUUACAGGCAUUCCCCACCAUACCUGGGCCAAGUGACUUCUUGUAGUGUCUGCAGCCAGCAUCGAGGCGGGCCUGCAGCCUCCCAUCCGUUUCUCCUGCCUCCUUUCUCUUCCCCUGGGUGGCCGACAAUGACCACCAUGGUCGAUGUGGACGCCCUUCCGGAAUACGAGAAGAGUCAGAUCAAGCGAGCCCUGGAGCUGGGGACGGUCAUGACGGUGUUCAGCUUCCGAAAGUCCACCCCUGAGCGGAGGACAGUCCAGGUGAUCAUGGAAACGAGGCAGGUGGCCUGGAGCAAGACUGCGGACAAGAUCGAGGGCUUCUUGGAUAUCAUGGAAAUCAAGGAAAUUCGCCCAGGGAAGAACUCCAAGGACUUCGAGCGUGCAAAAGCAGUCCGCCAGAAGGAAGACUGCUGCUUCACCAUCUUGUACGGCACCCAUUUCGUCCUCAGCACACUCAGUUUGGCAACUGACUCCAGAGAGGAUGCAAUUAUGUGGCUCUCAGGCCUGAAAAUCUUGCACCAGGAAGUGAUGAGCGCAUCCACGCCCACUAUCAUAGAGAGUUGGCUGAGAAAACAGAUUUAUUCUGUAGAUCAAACCAGAAGAAACAGCAUCAGCCUCCGAGAGUUGAAGGCCAUCCUACCCCUGGUCAACUUCAAAGUGAGCAGUGCCAAGUUCCUCAAAGAUAAGCUUGUGGAAAUUAGUGCACACAAAGACGAACUCAGCUUUGAGCAGUUUCAUCUCUUCUAUAAAAAACUUAUGUUUGAGCAGCAAAAACUGAUUCUUGACGAAUUCAAAAAGGAUUCCUCCGUGUUUAUCCUGGGGAACACUGACCGACCUGAUGCCUCUGCCGUUUACCUGCAGGACUUCCAGAGGUUUCUUGUACACGAGCAGCAGGAGCUUUGGGCUCAGGAUGUAAACAAAGUCCGGGAGCAGAUGACAAAGUUUAUUGACGACACCAUGAGGGAGACGGCUGAGCCCUUCUUGUUUGUGGACGAGUUCCUCAUGUACCUGUUUUCCCGAGAAAACAGCAUCUGGGAUGGGAAGCACGAUGUGGUGGACAUGCAGGACAUGAACAACCCCUUGUCCCAUUACUGGAUCUCUUCGUCCCACAACACGUACCUCACAGGUGACCAGCUGCGCAGCGAGUCGUCCACAGAAGCCUACAUCCGCUGCUUGCGCAUGGGCUGCCGCUGCAUUGAGCUGGACUGCUGGGAUGGGCCCGACGGGAAGCCCAUUAUCUACCACGGCUGGACGCGGACCACCAAGAUCAAGUUCGAUGAUGUCGUGCAGGCCAUCAGAGACCACGCCUUCGUCACCUCGAGCUUCCCCGUGAUCCUGUCCAUCGAGGAGCACUGCAGUGUGGAGCAGCAGCGGCACAUGGCCAGGAUGUUCAAGGAGGUGCUUGGCGAGCUGCUGCUGACCAAGCCCACGGAGGCCAGCGCCGACCAGCUGCCCUCGCCCAGCCAGCUGCGGGAGAAGAUCAUCAUCAAGCAUAAGAAGCUGGGCCCCCGAGGUGAUGUCGAUGUGAACGUGGAGGACAAGAAAGAUGAGCACAAGCAACAGGGUGAACUGUACAUGUGGGACUCCAUCGACCAGAAGUGGACUCGGCACUACUGCGCCAUUGCUGACGCCAAGCUGUCCUUCAGUGACGACAUUGAGCAGGCCGCGGAGGAGGAACUGUCCCAGGACCUUCCACCCAUGGAGCUGCAUUUGAGGGAGAAAUGGUUCCACAAGAAGAUGGAGAAGAGGACGAACGCGGAGAAGCUGCUGCAGGAGUACUGUGCCGAGGCGGGUGCCAAGGACGGCACCUUCCUGGUGCGGGAGAGCGAGAGCCACCCCAACGCCUACACCCUGUCCUUCUGGCGGUCGGGCCGUGUGCAGCACUGCCUGAUCCGCUCCACCUUGGAGAAUGGCGCCAUGAAGUACUACCUGACCGACAACCUCAAGUUCAGCAGCAUCUACGACCUCAUCCAGCACUACCGAGAGUCGCACCUGCGCUGUGCCGAGUUUGAGCUGCGGCUGACCGACCCGGUGCCGAACCCCAACCCACAUGAGUCCAAGCCGUGGUACUAUGACGGGCUGAGCCGUGGAGAGGCGGAGGACAUGCUGAUGCGGAUUCCCCGAGAUGGAGCCUUCCUCAUCCGGAAGCGGGAAAAGAAGCAUGAAGGGCUGGAGGACUCCUACGCCAUCACCUUCAGGGCCAGGGGCAAGGUGAAACACUGUCGCAUCAACCGGGAUGGCCGUCACUUUGUGCUGGGGACAUCUGCCUAUUUUGAGAGCUUGGUGGAGCUUGUCAGUUACUAUGAGAAACAUACCCUCUACCGAAAGAUGCGGCUGCGGUACCCUGUGACCCCUGAGCUCUUGGAGCGCUACAAUAUGGAAAGAGACAUAAACUCCCUCUAUGACGUCAGCAGGAUGUAUGUGGAUCCGAGUGAGAUCAACCCUUCUAUGCCUCAGAGAACCGUGAAAGCUCUGUAUGACUACGAAGCCAAGCACAGUGACGAGCUGAGCUGCCGAGGUGCCCUCAUCCACAACGUCUCCAAGGAACCCGGGGGCUGGUGGAAAGGAGACUAUGGCACCCGAAUCCAGCAGUACUUCCCGUCCAACUACGUGGAGGACAUUUCCACGGCGGAUGGGGAGGAGCUGGAGAAGCAGUCCUGGCUGGAGUCUCCAGGGUGGUUUCCACAGGAGAACAACAUGAAGUACUGGGAGAAGAACCAGUCGAUCGCCAUUGAGCUCUCUGACCUGGUUGUCUAUUGCAAACCAACCAGCAAAACCAAGGAUAACUUAGAGAACCCUGACUUCCGAGAAAUUCGCUCCUUUGUGGAGACAAAGGCUGACAGCAUCAUCAGACAGAAGCCCGAGGAUCUCUUGAGGUAUAACCAGAAGGGCCUGACCCGCAUCUAUCCGAAGGGACAGAGGGUUGACUCUUCAAACUACGAUCCCUUUCGCCUGUGGCUGUGUGGUUCCCAGAUGGUGGCGCUCAAUUUCCAGACCGCAGACAAGUACAUGCAGCUGAAUCAUGCAUUGUUUUCACUCAAUGGGCGGACGGGCUACGUUCUGCAACCAGAGAUCAUGCGGACAGGGAAGUAUGACCCGAUGCCACCAGAGUCGCAGCGGAAGAUCCAGAUGACUCUCACCAUCAAGGUCCUAGGUGCCCGCCACCUACCCAAGCCUGGACGAAGUAUUGCUUGUCCCUUUGUAGAGGUGGAAAUCUGUGGGGCAGAGUAUGACAACAACAAGUUCAAGACAACAGUUGUGAAUGACAACGGCCUCAGCCCUGUCUGGGCUCCAACGCAGGAGAAGGUGACAUUUGAAAUUUAUGACCCAAACCUCGCGUUUCUGCGCUUUGUAGUUUAUGAGGAAGACAUAUUCAGCGAUCCCAACUUCCUCGCUCACGCCACUUAUCCCAUUAAAGGGAUCAAGUCAGGGUUUCGAUCUGUUCCUCUCAAGAAUGGGUACAGUGAGGACAUCGAGCUGGCUUCCCUCCUGGUUUUCUGUGAGAUGCGGCCAGUCCUGGAGAGUGAGGAAGAACUCUACUCCUCCUGUCGCCAGCUGCGGAGACGGCAAGAAGAGCUGAACAACCAACUAUUUCUGUAUGACACACAUCAGAACCUGCGCAAUGCGAACCGGGAUGCCCUUGUCAAAGAGUUCAACGUCAAUGAGAACCAGCUCCAGCUGUAUCAGGAGAAGUGCAAUCGAAGGUUGCGAGAGAAGAGAGUCAGCAACAGCAAGUUCUACUCUUAGAAGCCAGUGUACACGUGUAAGGGUGUGGUGUGUGCGUGUGUGUUGCAUGUAGAAGACUGUGCUCUGUUCGAUCCCUUGAAAGAGGAUGCUGUGUGACACCAUCCUCUCCGUCUGCCAUCAAGAUGACAUUUGUGAAGAAGACCAAAGGGCACAAGUUGGGUUAACUUCCUGCUAAUAUGUGCCCCUGGGACAAUUUCUUAACUUAUAUUCUUUACAGAGGACUCCAAAAAUGUGCUCAUUUCUGGCCUCUCAUGUUCCAAACUUCAUUGAAUAAAAACAACAAAAUUCUCAAUCAAUUAAGGGUUUUAUGCAUGUCCUACAUGCUGAAUAGGAUUUUUUUUCUGGCCAACAAGAUUCUGCUAAUGGCCCAGGUAAUUGACUUCCACAGAAGAUGAGCUGGGAAUGUAAGGAACUAAUUCAUUCAGUUCUGAAAAAGAUUUUUACUAAAAGGCAAAUGACUCCAAAGUUAAGGCCUUUGGAUUCCACAAGGACCCAAAAGGAAAUGUGCCCCAGUCAGUGGGCUCAAUUCAGUGUGCUAGCUACCACCGGCUGGCUGGACAGGCCUCCUGUGUGGACCGGCUGAGUCCACAAUAAGUGGUUGGGUGAUGGAAUUUGAUCAUUAGGACAAUUUUUUUGUACUGGGAAUUGAACUCAGGGCUGUGCCCCAGUCAGGCAGGCACCCUGCUGCUGAGCUACACUCCUGACCCCAAUUAGGACAAUUUCUAAUCACUGUUAGAAGCUUGCUUUGUGACUAGGAUUACUGGGGCUGUGGCAGAGAUCUUGGGACCUCUGUUUUAAAAGUCAGACACCAGACACUGCUGGGGGGUUGGCCAGCUUCUUGCCCCUGCUCUCCCUGCUGGAAGGCUCUGGACUCACUCUCCAUGCCCAGAGCCUCACUGAGUGGCUGGGAGGGUGCUGGGAAAGCCCUGGGGUCCACAGACAAGAACUUUAAGGGGGCAGAUGAAAGGUGUGUGGAGGAAUCUCUCUCAGCUAUGCACUAUUCUGGAGGAAGGAGUCAAGGUUUAAAGCUCAGGCAUUAGGGUGUUACAGCAAACCUCAAAUGCAGCUGCUCCCAGAGGGGUAAACACAUCCAGAUCGUGACUGUACAUGUGGUUGGCUGGGAUUUUACACCUCUGCAUUCUGAGGUAUAACAUCAGUGAUUUAAUAAAACUGUUGAGACAACAGUCUGUGGGGCACGUGGGGUCAGUAGUCACAACUGCUCAGAGAGAAUCAGAAACUGACCCAGGAAAGCAGGUGUAUGAGAACUGCAGAUAUGGUGCACAGGAACAAACUAGCAGGACAUAGGUAGAAGCAGGUCCUAGAAACCAUUCAGCCCCACCCCUCCCCUGGUUAUCCAAAUCUGGGCUUAGCAUGUGUGCAUUGCUGAAGAGCUGAUAAGAACCAACUAGGCUCCAUCUGACCUCAAAAUGCCAUCCCUUCAUGCCACAAAAUCUUGACCUUCCACAUGCCAAGUACCCUGCCAAAGUCUUUGAUAUUGAAAAACAUCCAUAGUUUCUGAUCUCCCAGACUAUAUCCACCCAUAAGCUCCUACAAGACAUCUACCUUCCUUAAAGCUGGGAAUAAGGGAUCUGGAGUCAGAUCAAGGUGGGGUCACUACCUUGUGACACUGGUUGAUCCUGGGUUUGGGAGCUGCUGUUUUAUUCAGCAGUCAGCAACCCAGGGAAGUGGAGUCCUCACAGUAGCCAGUGUUCAAAGCAACUUUCAAGAAAGGUUGAUGGGAAGGCAUGGAGCUGAAGGCUGGAAGGGAGGAAGUGUCAGGUGAUGGCCAGUGCCUUGUUAGCUGGUGGCCAGAGCCUACUGCUCACAGUGCCAGUCCCAGCCCCUUUCAGCUCUGUCAUUACAGCUGCACACCAGAGCUCAGGGGUGCUGUCACUUCCUUUCAGCUCCUGCUUCACUCUAUUUUGAAGCUGGAUUGCUAAGGCCUGUACCUCUUUUGAUUAAAAGAGUAUUGCCACAGUAUCAAAGACAUUGGGUAGAAGAGGCAUCCCUUCAGCUGGUUUUGUGUGCAGUCUAUAUGCAGCCCACCUCUGCAGAGAAGGAACAGGACAGGCAGGUGACAACAGCAGCGGGGCUGGGAAGGACCCAUUUCCUCCAGUGACAAUCACUGGAUUCUACCACUAGACAGUAUUUGCUCUGGUUCUGUCCCACCCUAGUACAGCAACACAGGAAUCUGGUUCUUGGUGGUGUCGGGCCUCAGUGAAUCUUCUCAGGAAAGAAGUGGAUGGAAUUGUGGCUUUUCCCAGGCAGAGUCUGUCAGAAGCCAGGUAACCUAACCACUCAGCUGGGAUGAGCUCAUGGCAUGGCUGUUAAGCCACAGGCAACUCAUGUCAUACAGCAGGGUGGUGGGGACAUCCUGAAAGAUGGCAGCAACACUGGUGGAGCCAAGUCCCAACCACAUGUGCAUCACCUCUCCUCUGCUCACCACUGCCUCACAUGCACUAUUCUGGAGUAUCAGUUAUUACGUGGAAUAUAAAGCGGGGAGCCUGGAAGGUCACAGAUUGGGAAACUUAACUUAUACAAAGAUAAUUUCACCAUGAUGAGACUUGAUAUGCAGGGGUUCAGGGGGCUGUCAAUGGUCACAUUCCCCAAACUUGAUGGCAGAAUCCUGUUGUCAAGCAGUGGCUCAUGUGACAGGUGGGCUGCAGAGAACACAUGAGGGCCUGGUGCUCCUAAGAAGGUGGCCAGGCAACAAAACCAGUAAUUCAGAUGCUCUGUGACCAAGGCCAAUGGCUUUUGUAUUGCAAGGUGAUGGCAACCCAGCUUUACCCCUGGGGUGUAGCAGAGCUUUUCAGAGCAUCUCUUUUCAGAUCCUCCUGUUGUUCUUGGUGUACUGUUUAAUAACACUCACCUCUCUGAGGAAAUGAUCUUUUCUCAGCUUACAAAAGAAAUACAGCUUCUCCCAUCUCCUCCCUAUCUAUCAGAGAUUAUGACCCAAGGUGUAGAACUCAAAAUAUGGAUGUUUAGAAAGUGAAAGACUAAAAAGGGUACAGAUCCUUUGGAAAAUCCAGUGGUUCCCAAUUCUUUAAUUUCACAAAAUGGACAGAACACCCAGUAGAUUUCUGUAUUUUGACAUGUACCUGUAAAGGAGUUGCAAGGACUUAGCGAUACUGCACCCACAAACAUUUCCACUCCCAUCUCAUAUACGUGAAUAGGGACCAGUGACCCGCUCCAUGCAUAAAAUUUAAAAGGGAGACUAAUCUGGGUAUGGUGGCACACUUCUAUAAUCCCAGCACUCUGGAAGUGCUGCACGUUCAAUCCCAGCUUGGGCCACUUACCAAUUUAGCAAGACCCUGCCUCAAAAUUUAAAAAGAGGCCCAGGGAUGUAGCUCAGUGUGAGCUACAUCUCUGGGUUUGAUCACCAGUACUGGAAAACCAAACCUAAGCAGACUUGGUGCUACAUCUCGUUUCAUUCUGAAAAUAUUAACCUACAGAUAGAUGCAACUGGAGAGAAAAACCUUCAUCACAUUGAUACAUUUUCAAUGAAGUUUUGCUAUGUUUGUGUAUUAAAAUUUGUACUUAACUGAUCAAGAAAAAAAGAAAAAAAUUUUCCAGAAGAAAGUUUUAAAGGUUUAGAGUAUUUUGAUUAUAAAAUACCAUGUAAAUGUGUUAAAGAUACAAUUAAGCAAUAUAAAAGCCAAGAGUAGGCUAAAAUUCUGAGGAAGAGGUAUUAAAAUGCAAAUUCAAAAAGUAAAAGAGAAAGUGUGUCAUUUUCUACUAUGAAAAAUUGUUUUGUCCUUUAAUUUUUGAAAGAAGAGGUAUUUAUAAGUAACUUUUAUAUGUAGAGCCUCUUGGUUAAAUUUAAAAAGAAAAUAACAGUUUUAUUUGAAAAUGUAGUAACAAUUUGUCAGCACUUACAUCCUUUGCAAUUAUUCAUGAUGAGAAAUUUUAGUGGUCAAUUUAGAAAUGUAUAUGGGGGGGAAUGUAUAAGGGGAUAUGAUACCCAGAUUUUCAAAAUUCACUUAAGUAUCUGAGCAUAACAUUUUCCGUGAUUUUUUUCUUCUUUUUUUUUGGUACCGGGGAUCGAACUCAGGACCUUGCACUUGCAAGGCAGGUGCCGGAACCACUGAGCUAAAUCCCCAGCCUGAGCAUAACAUUUUAAGAUUGCUGAUCUAGGGCCACUUAAUUAUAUCUAGAAGCAGAGAUUGCUAAAAGGGGCUGCAAUCCUUUUUACUUCAAAAGGAAUGUAAUUUUACUACUAACUUUUAUGCCAUUGUACUUUUUGGAAGCAAACCUAAAAGCUGUAUUCUAGCCAACAGAAAGUUAAUUCAGAAAUAUGCAAAAUUGGCAUUUUAAAAAUUACUCAAUGAUUUGUCCUAGGGUUAAUUUUCAAAAAAUUACCUUGAAGAGACAAGAGUCUACAGUGAUCUUAUCUUAGACAUUUAUACAUUCCUUAUUUUUCACUAGGUUUUGAAAAGGUGCAUCUGGAAGCUUAUGUUUCAUUAUUAAAGUGUAAUUUAUUUUUCAUAUAAAUAGUAUGUACUUGUGUGUACAUAGAGAAUUAUGUGAAUGAGUCACGUGUUGGCUGCUGUUGAUGUGAAAGUAAAUAGCUGUAUCACACUUGAAAAAAUAAAAAUUUGAUCUGGAUGAA